AUGACACUUAAAUCUAUUAAUAAUUAUUGUAAAGGUUUAUUAAAUAAUCCACCACCAGGUAUUAGUGGCAAUCCUGUUGAAGAUGAUCUUUUUCAUUGGAAAGCAACAAUUAUGGGUCCUCCUGACUCCCCAUAUGAAGGUUGUGUAUUUUACCUUGAUAUUCAUUUUCCAGAAGAUUUUCCAUUUAAACCACCAAGGGUUAGAUUUAUAACAAAAAUCUACCAUCCAAAUAUCGAUAGUAAUGGACAUAUAGACUUGGAUAUUUUAAAAUAUAAUUGGUCGCCGGCUCUUUCUACCUCAAAUUUACUCUUGUCAAUUUGUUCAUUUUUGACUGAUCCAAAUCCAGAUUGUGGUUUAACCGAAAUAUCAAAUCUAUACAAGAAUGAUCGUAAUCGUUAUGAAGCUAUUGUUAGGGAAUGGACUCGUAAAUAUGCUUCGGGAGAUAGUGAACCAAUGUCGAGACCCAAUAUUGAAGAAGUAUAUGAAAUUUUAAAUGCAGAUAAGCCCGAAUCAGAAAAAAAUUGUUAUAUAGAUUGGUUUGAAAAAUCAAUUGCCGAAGAAUCUAUCACAUAUUAUGAAUAUUCAGAAUUUAAAAACAUACAAUAUAUAGGAAAAGGUUUAUUUGGGAGCAUCGAUCGUGCUUUUUGGAAAAAUACUGAUCAAAUAAAAUUACAAAAAAGGGUGGAUUUUCAUGAAAAUAUUUUACGGUUUCAUGGAAUCACGAAAAUAGGAAAAAAUAAUAUAAAUCAAGAAUACGCAUUGGUUUUGGAAUAUGCUGAUAGUGAUACACUAAAUACUUAUUUACAGCGUAAUUUUAAUAAGCUUGAAUGGAAUGAUAAAUAUCGGUUUGCGUUACAACUGGCAAGUGCGGUAGCGUGUAUACACGAAUGUGAUAUUAUUCAUCGUGAUUUGCAUGCUGGUAAUGUAUUUGUACACCAAAAAAAGUUAAAAUUGGCGGAUUUUGGCUUAUCAAGAAAGAUUGCCGUAUCAAGCAAUAAUAUAAAAAUAUUUGGUUCUAUACCUUACAUUGAUCCCAAAGGGUUAGAAGAUCAGCAAAAUUAUAAAUUAACUAAAAAGUCUGAUGUAUAUAGCGUUGGUGUUCUAAUGUGGCAAAUUUCAAGUGGAUACCAACCAUAUAGAAAUGAUUAUUAUGACGUAAGAUUAGCCGUAGCAAUAGUAAUGGGAAAAAGAGAAAAAAUUAUUGAAGAAACUCCUGCUGAAUAUAAAUGUUGGAAAUGUGAACCAGAUGAACGUCCAAAUAUUCGAGAUGUUGUUUCAAUUCUUAAAACCUUGAUCUCUCCCGAACAAAAUGAUACAAGAUUUGAUGACGUUUAUAGAGAGGAAAUUAUUUCAUUAGAAGAAUAUAAAUCAAGUUCAGAAUCGAGCGUAGGAGUAGAUAUAAAUAAGAGUUUAUCAGUGGGUUCAGCAGAUUUUACCGCAUCAAAUAAUGAGAGCAAUUCAAGUUUGUAA